AUGCAAGAUGUGGUUAUUUUCAAAACGAUUGGAGAUACAUGUUUCGAGUUUUUCAUUGACUAUGACAGAAACCGAUAUUUACCAAGUCCUUGCCAUUUAUUAGGCGUAAACAAAGAAACUCGUACUCCUGAAUGGAAAGAAGGAACACUUUUCAUUCCAAAACCACAAGAUCGUGGACAAUCUUGUGUAACAUUUGAAGGGGAGCCAGGAUCUGCUCUCAUGGAUGACAAUGGAAUGCUCUACGGAUUUAUUUCAGUGAAAAGAAGGAACGAAAUCACGCUAACCAGUUACUACAAUAUGUGUUUACCACCAGAGGAUGAUGAAAUGGUUCUUUGCUGUCUCUGCACCCUUUUCACAUGGGUAUUUUAUUUCCUUGCAGUAGUCGUUGUCUGGAAUAUUGUUAGGUACACUUUGGAAUUGAUACCUGAAGGAGGAUCAGUUCAUGACCGUGCGGUUUUCAUCACUGGAUGUGAUACGGGAUUCGGAAGAGAGCUUGCGAAGAAAUGUGCCAAGAAUGGAUUCAUGGUUUUUGCAGGAUGCUUGACCACUGAGGCAGCUAAAAGUUUAGAAGCAGAAGUUGCGAAUCCACGUCUACGCACAAUUCCACUUGACGUUAGUAAAGAUGAAUCAGUAGAGAAGGCGGCAGAAUAUGUCAAGAACAACUUGGGAAAUCACAAACUCUGGGGAGUCGUCAACAAUGCUGGAAUCUUUUCUUGUUACGGACCAGAUGACUGGUGCAGAAUGAAUGAUUAUCAACUGGCACUCAACGUGAACUGCCUUGGAGUCAUUCGUGUCACUCAGGCAUUCAAGAAACUUGUGAAAGCAGCAAAAGGAAGAAUUGUGACAGUGACAUCUGUGAAUGGAAGACUCUCCACCCCAGCUGCUGGUCCCUACGUGGUCUCGAAGUUUGGCGCGGCUGCUUACAUGGAUUGUAUCAGACAAGAACUUUACAACUUCGACGUGAAAGUGAGUAUUGUGGAACCAGGAAUCUUCCGAACCCCUCUUCUUGAUGAGCAAGCGAUGCUCAAAAGAGUGGACCACGUGUGGACUCAAAUUGAUGAUGAAACUAGAGCAGAGUAUGGAGAGAACUUCAAAAAUUAUUUUGCCAAAAUGUGGAACAAGACAUACAUCUCCAUGAGCACCACCAAGAUUCACUAUGUCGUUGACAAUUACUAUCACGCGUUGACUGCCAAGUAUCCACGUCAUCGUUAUUACUGUGGAUGGGACGCUAUCUUUGUAUACGUUCCUUUAUCACUUCUUCCAACUUGGUGGGCUGAUUUCAUCAUCAGAAAUCUCGGAAAACAAGAAGUUGUUCCUGCUUGUUUGGAGGAAAAGAUGAAGAAAACAAAGUAA